AUGAAUGCAGAAGAAAAUUCCGCCAACAUGUGUCUAUUCAUGUUGGAGUACGGACCAGGAAGAAGCUUAGCGAUGCGGAUUCCUUCACAAAGUGCAUUCAGGACGCUGCAAGGGAAACGCUCCCGGUUCUAUUGCCGCAGAAGAAGUUUGCCUUUGCAUCUGCGGAAACAAAAACCCAGGUACAAUUCUGUAUGUGUCGCGCGCAGCGCUGAUGACUUCAACCAGGAAAAGCAUCUUAGAAGCAAGCUGCGUCGUCAACUGCAACAAGACCGCAGUAACCAAUGGACGUCAAGAGCGAUGGAGUUUGAGAAGGCGUGGGAGGACAGGAACCCGCGGAAAGCCUACGCUCUACUAAAACAGUAUAGCGGCAAAAUGAAAAGAUGUUCCCCUGUCCUCAACACUACCAAUGGGGUAGCUGUCGGUGAAGCAACCCUUCCAAUUUGGAAGGAACACUUCAAGAUCUUGCUGAACCGGCUAGCACCGUCAGCUCUUGAACUCGAACACGUUCAUAGACCGACAUAUGCGGUUAACGAGGAGCCACCGACCGAGUCGGAGGUCCUGGUCUGUACUUAG